AUGGAGGUAAAUCUCAAAAUAAGCAAAGAUGAAGGCAAGUUAUUGGCUGAUGCUGGUAUGUACAGAAGAUUGAUAGGGAGGCUGCUAUUUCUUACUAUUUUUAGGCCUGAUAAAACCUACUCAGUACAUAGGUUCAGCCAGUUUAUGUCUAAGCCUAGAGAGUCUCAUCUUAGGGCAGCUUAUAGAGUAAUUCAAUAUCUUAAAGGCACUUCAGGACAAGGCUUGUUCUUUUCAACUCAAUCCUCCUUACAUAUCAAAGCAUUUGCAGAUGCAGAGUGGGCUGCAUGCAUUGAUUCUAGGAGGUCCAUCACAGGUUACUGUAUAUUUCUCGUUGAUUCUCUCAUCUCUUGGAAGUCUAAGAAGCAAAAUACAGUUUCAAGGUCCACGACAGAAGUAGAGUACAGAGCAAUGGCUGUUGCAGUGUGUGAAGUGACAUGGAUUUUGUACAAAACAUAUUGA